GGAGUGUAGAUAGAUGUCACGUGCCCGCUCAGCUGUCACGCUCGCGGACCGCGACGCGCGUCUUGUUCCUUCCACCGUGUCGUGCACCUUCGUGAUGGCAGCAGCACUUGAAAGACACACUAUACUCCGGAGAAACAUAUGAGAAGCACAGCCUCAGGUGAUUCUCCGACUUGCAAAAGCCUGGGCCUGACUCUGCGUUUCUCGUCGCUCAUCCAAGUGCACUUCCAGGCAUCCGAGUCUGCGCGUACCUCGCGUCCAUCAGAAGACUGAAUAAUAACGAAGUGUCACAAAAAGCCUCGGUCGCAAUGUGCGAAGCGGAAAGCAGUAUCCCCAAGGUUGAUAUGUUUCGUACCCGAGCCAGUAUGGUGACUUGUGCCGUAUCUUACUGGAUAUGUCAGAUUAUGAAGGUCUGCAUGAUAUAUCUUUCUAAUAUUACAUUGCUCGCGUCAUUUUGUUCAAGGGGUGCAAGAAAAACCACUUUGUUAGAACUAUGGCGUCCCUCUACCUGCGUUCAAAUCUCCCUCAAAAAGGAAUGUGAUAUAGUCGCCGGCCGCAUCAAAUCUCAGCUACAAGAAAUGAAUUCUCCUGGGACGCCUUCGAAACACCGUACUCGCCCUUCUACCCCGCCACAGAAGUCUUCAUAUAAGUCCGCCAUGAAAGCCAAAACACAGGAUGUCACACCAGCAAAGCCCCUCACUAAACCGUGCUGUGGUGGCCUUUCCCACAGUACCGAUGAUGAUCUCGGUGACACCCCGUUGCCUGAGAUCCCAACUGAAAGACGUUGGGUUGAGUCACCUUACCAACGUGGCGCAAGCGUUUCACCAACAAAACGCACAAUAGUGCCACAGAGUACCGCACCUUCAAUAACUGCAUUUGAGCAGGCUGUCAGGGAAGAUUCUACCCCACGCCACGAACAGCACUUACUUUCCCCAUUGCCUGGCCCUUCCACCCCGCGGUACUUGCAAAGCCAACCUUCUAGUAGAUCAGUUGAAGAGUCAGCCGCCGUGGCAGUCGAUGGACAGCCAUUGGAGUCCUAGGCCUCCUGUAUGCAGAUUUGUCCGAUCAGCGUUCCUGGAUCGGCAGCAGUGGUGCAGUCGAGACCCAAAACUUGCCAAGAUCUGGGAACCAUAGUGGAUAGGACGCUGAUGAUGGGAUUGUAUCUGCAUCCGCUUGAGCAGUAUUGCCCUGUCGUUAUCCCCUGAGUCGUG